CACAAGCGCGGAGCUCUUUCAGCCUUUCAGCCUCUUCUGUUCUAUUUGUGGUGUUUGUAACAUCUUGGAUGCUCUCCUGCCAUUAGUGAGCGGUGUUAAUGAGCGAGGCUUGCUCAGGGUGCUGCAUUUUGUGCUCUUGCUGCGUUGGGAGCAGUGUUUGAGUGACCUUUGCAUAACAGAUGAAGGGUCAUGGACACAAACCUUUGGUUUUUCACUGUCACAGCAGCCUCAGCUUCUCCAGCCCUUGCAACAUAUUUAGCUUUAGUUUCUAUUUGUGAAAAGCCGGCUUUCCAAAGUUCUCCGUGGGUAUUUUUUCCACCAUAAUUGUUCCUAGGAGCGUAGUUAAGGGUUGGAGAAGACACAGGGAGGGUGAGAGGCACUCACACUGCCGGUUCUUUGUGAGUAAUCCAAGAGAAACAAGUGCCAAGCACUGCCACGUUUUCAUCUGUUGGUAAACAUCAGCUGCUGGUUGGCCUUGAGGGAGGAAGACUGAAUUAGUUCCAGAUGGAGAACUCUUUCAGCCCAUUUAGACUUUCCAGUUGAUUAAAGGCAGCAGGCAGAAAACAUGGAGCAGCCCACGUGAAGAAUCCUUUGGAGUUUCUGUUCCUCCAGGAUGUUCUUUGAAGGACCAAACCCAGUUUUGCAGGCCCCUGGGAGAUGAAGCAUUGACCACAUGACAUUUUUAUUUCAACAAGCGCUUUCUCAGCCUUGCUGGUGAAGGACAAAGAAUAUUUUGGAAAUAUUUAUUUCUCCACCUCGCCAUGACGAGCGCCCUGAGCCCGGAGGCCCCGAGCCCUGCCCAGCUGGAGGAGAAGCCCAAAGGAAAAUCCCUGUUCCAGCUGGGCUCCCUCUUUGCUAACAGGAGUGAGAAAUUCGUGAUUGCUCGCAGUGACAGCCUGCCAGAGGAGAAUGUGCUGAAAAUCACAAUCACAGAGACCACGGUCAUCGAGUCCGACCUGGGCAUCUGGAGCUCCCACGCCCUCAUCUACCUCACUCUGUGGUUCUUCUUCAGCUUCUGCACUCUGUUCCUGAACAAAUACAUCCUGUCCUUGCUGGAGGGAGAGCCCAGCAUGCUUGGUGCUGUUCAGAUGCUUUCCACCACCUUCAUUGGCUGCAUCAAGAUGUUUGUCCCUUGCUGUCUGUACCAGCACAAGACCAGAAUCUCCUACCCCCCAAAUUUCAUCAUGAUCAUGCUCUUUGUUGGAUUAAUGAGAUUUGCAACAGUGGUGCUGGGGCUGGUGAGCCUGAAGAAUGUGGCAGUGUCGUUUGCAGAGACUGUGAAAAGCUCAGCUCCCAUUUUCACCGUCAUCAUGUCCCGCAUGAUUCUGGGGGAAUACACUGGGCUGCUGGUGAACCUGUCCCUGCUCCCUGUGAUGGGGGGCCUGGCUCUGUGCACAGCCACCGAAAUCAGCUUCAACAUCCUGGGCUUCUCUGCAGCCCUGUCCACCAACAUCAUGGACUGUUUGCAAAACGUCUUUUCCAAAAAACUGCUCAGUGGAGAUAAAUACAGAUUUUCAGCCCCAGAGCUUCAGUUCUACACAAGUGCUGCUGCCGUGGUUAUGCUCAUUCCAGCUUGGAUCUUUUUCAUGGAUGUGCCUGUGAUUGGGAAAAGUGGGAGAAGCUUCAGCUACAACCAGGACAUUGUAAUUCUGCUGCUGAUUGAUGGAGUCCUGUUCCACCUGCAGAGUGUCACAGCCUAUGCCCUGAUGGGCAAAAUCUCCCCUGUCACUUUCAGCGUUGCCAGCACUGUCAAGCACGCCCUGUCCAUCUGGCUCAGCAUCAUUGUCUUUGGGAACAAGAUCACCAGCCUGUCCGCCGUGGGCACCGUCCUGGUCACCGUGGGCGUGCUGCUCUACAACAAGGCCAAGCAGCACCAGCAGGAGACCCUGCAGAGCCUGGCCAUGGCCCCACCGCCCUCAGGGCCUGCCGAGGACACCGAGCCCCUCGUCCCCAAGGAGCUGGAACCCUACGAUUGAUGGGUUAAUCACAAACGGCUGAGUGUGGCUCCGUGGAGAUCCUCCUGGAUGGGGCUGUUCCUCAGGUUCCUCUGAGUUCCUCAAAUCCUCCUGGAUGGGCUCGUUCCUCAAGUUUCUCUGGUUCCUCAAAUCCUCCUGAAUGUGACUGUUUCUCUGGUUCUUUGAGUUCCUCAAAUCCUCCUGGAUGGGGUUGUUCCUCAAGUUCCUCUGAGUUCCUCAAAUCCUCCUGGAUGGGGUUGUUCCUCAAGUUCCUCUGAGUUCCUCAAAUCCUCCUGGAUGUGACUGUUUCUCUGGUUCUUUAAAUUCCUGAAAUCUCCUGGAUGUGGCUGUUAGUGAAAUCCUUCGGGAUGUGGAUGUUCCUCCGAGUUCCUCAAAUCCUCCUCUCCGAGUUCCUCAAAUCCUCCUGGAUGUGGCUGUUCCUCAAGUUUCUCUGAGUUCCUCAAAUCCUUCUGGAUGGGGUUGUUCUUCUGGUUCCUCUGAGUUCCUCAGAUCGCCCUCUCUGAGUUCCUCAAAUCCUCCUGGAUGUGGCUGUUCUUGAAAUCCUCCUGGAUGUGGACAUUCCUGAGGUUCCUCUGAGUUCCUGAAUUCCUCCUGGUUUUGGCUGUUCUCUGGUUCUUUGAGUUCCUGAAAUCUCCUGGUUGUGGUUGUUCCUCUGAGUUCCUGAAUUCCUCCUGGAUGAUGAUGUUCCUCUGAUUCCUCUGAGUUCCUGGCAGCUCUCACCCAGGAUUUGAAGCAGGAAGGAGCUGGGAAGGAUCCAGAAAAACCUUGGGAACCUGAUGCCCCUAAAAGAGGACCUGGAAUGUGGCAAACUUGGCCUUUGUUGUCUCUCCUUGACUCCAAAUUGUUGUGUCUCACACCAAAUCACACCCGGGCCUGUGCUGGCGGAAGAACUUUGGUGUCCUGUGGGAAAACAAUUAAAACAAUUCCUGUUUCCUUCCCCAUCCAAACAAUGUGAAAAUGGGGUCCCACCACUGAGUUCUGCUGGCAGAGGGAUGCACUUGGUGCCUCGUGGAAGUUUCUGGAUGUUCUCCCUCAUUCCUGAGCUGUGGUGCAGAGAUGGAAGAGUCCAAGGAGGGAAUUGUCCCACUCUGGCCUCACCUCGAGCCCUGAGGGCCCCCAACCCUGCCAGAGCUCCAGGAGCAUCCUGACAGCACCAGAAGGGAUUUUGGGGUGGAUUCUGAUCAGGAGAUUCCAUAAUUCCAAAAGGGAUUGGAAUUCCCACCCUUUUCUCCCAAAAAUAAACCAACUUUAUUGAGGCAAACUGUGGGAAAUGAGCUGUGGUGAGCUCCUGCUGCUGCCUACAAAUCCUGGAUUUGUAGUGGUUUAAAAUAUAAAAAAUUAAUGUGGAAAUGUUGCAUUCUGAUCAUUUAUUGACAAAGUUGAAAUGCAAAUAUUCACACACAUACUCUGUGUAAAUUGGGAUCCCCCAAGAAAAAAAAACAACUUUAUUGAGGCAAACUGUGGGAAACGAGCUGUGGUGAGCUCCUGCUGCUGCCUACAAAUCCAGGAUUUGUAGUGAUUUAAAAUAUAAAAAUGUAAUGUGGAAAUGUUGCAUUCUGAUCAUUUAUUGACAAAACUGAAAUGCAAAUAUUCAUUGGGAUCCCCCCGAAAAAAAACAACUUUAUUGAGGCAAACUGUGGGAAAUGAGCUGUGGUGAGCUCCUGCUGCUGCCUACAAAUCCUGGAUCUGUAGUGGAUUAAAAUAUAAAAAUGUAAUGUGGAAAUGUUGCAUUCUGAUCAUUUAUUGACAAAACUGAAAUGCAAAUAUUCAUUGGGAUCCCCCCGAAAAAAACAACUUUAUUGAAGCAAACUGUGGGAAACGAGCUGGGGUGAACUCCUGCUGCUGCCUACAAAUCCUGGAUUUGUAGUGGUUUAAAAUAUAAAAGUUUAAUGUGGAAAUGUUGCAUUCUGAUCAUUUAUUGACAAAACUGAAAUGCAAAUAUUCACACACAUACUCUGUGUAAAUUGGAAUUCCCACUCUUUUCUCCCAAAAAUAAACCAACUUUAUUGAGGCAACCUGUGGGGAAUGAGCUGUGGUGAGCUCCUGCUGCUGCCUACAAAUCCUGGAUUUGUAGUGGAUUAAAAUAUAAAAAUGUAAUGUGGAAAUGUUGCAUUCUGAUCAUUUAUUGACAAAGUUGAAAUGCAAAUAUUCACACACAUACUCUGUGUAAAUUGGGAUCCCCCAAGAAAAAAAAACAACUUUAUUGAGGCAAACUGUGGGAAACGAGCUGUGGUGAGCUCCUGCUGCUGCCUACAAAUCCUGGAUUUCUAGUGGUUUAAAAUAUAAAAAAUUAAUGUGGAAAUGUUGCAUUCUGAUCAUUUAUUGACAAAGUUGAAAUGCAAAUAUUCACACACAUACUCUGUGUAAAUUGGGAUUCCCACUCUUUUCUCCCAAAAAUAAACCAACUUUAUUGAGGCAAACUAUGGGGAAUGAACUGUGGUGAGCUCCUGCUGCUGGCUACAAAUCCAGGAUCUGUAGUGGUUUAAAAUAUAAAAAAUUAAUGUGGAAAUGUUGCAUUCUGAUCAUUUAUUGACAAAACUGAAAUGCAAAUAUUCAUUGGGAUCCCCCCGAAAAAAAACAACUUUAUUGAGGCAAACUGUGGGGAAUGAACUGUGGUGAGCUCCUGCUGCUGCCUACAAAUCCAGGAUUUGUAGUGGAUUAAAAUAUAAAAAUUUAAUGUGGAAAUGUUGCAUUCUGAUCAUUUAUUGACAAAACUGAAAUGCAAAUAUUCACACACAUACCCUGUGUAAAUGGAGUGUUGAAUUCAAUAUUUGUAGUACUUAGAGGUUAAAAACCACUGAAAAUUGUGGUGGCAAAGGAAGCAGGAUCUGUGUAUUUCUGUAAAAAAACAUUUUGUUGUUUUAAUUUUGUUUUGUUAUGCAUGAGGAAAGAAAUUGAUUUUUUUAAAAUAUAAUUUCUAAGAGUGCAACAAAAAGCUGCCUUUUAGAAACUCAGGGUUAUGAGUCUGACCUGUGUGUAAAAUAUCUAAUUUCUGGUUAUAUAAAGAAAUCUCAGAGGCAUCUGUGACAGAUGGGAGGAAUAUUAACCAUAAACUGAGGCAAAUCUUUAUUUCUGCUGCUUUUAAGUUUCCUUUUUUUUAAAGGAAAUUUGGUUUUUGUGGUAGAUCAAAGAUUAAAAGUUCAUUUUCCUUUUGAACAGUCAGUUUUGACCAAAAAAAAAAAAAAAAGCACACAUGUAGCUACAAAAACAUUCACAUGGACUUUUUGGGAACAAAAAUUAAAUUAAAAUGAGUGGAUUUUAAUAAUUUCCACUAUUCUGGAAGGUUGGAGAGUGGAUGUAUAAUGGUAAAAAUAAUGGUUAUCAGGAAAUUACAAUUGGAAUUCCUGUAAAAUCACAUUUCCACACCUCAGUGGCUGCCUGGGGCAGAUUCCCCAAAGAUCUGAGGGAGAAAAAUGCCAAUUUUUUCAUCCUUGUGUAUGUGAUAUGUCUGUGGUAUUUUGUUUUCUUUUGUAUUCCUGUCACUUUUAUAAAAGCUGUGGACUGUGGA